UAGAAUUCCGCCCGGUUUCAUCCCCGGAAGUCUCCUGAACGCAGCAGUUGUCUCUCCCUGUUAUAAAGUAAUUAUCAGAAGCUGGACAGAAGAAUCCUGCUGAAAGAAAUGUCUCUUUAUCUCACUAACAUCAGCAUCACUGUCACUGAGAGCAUGACCGAGGAAAAGAGUGUGAAGAAGGAGUGUGAGUGUGUGGAACUGGGAGAUCUGCAGCAGAAAGACAAGUGUAGAGAGAAAGCUCCACGCCGAGUCAUUCACUUCUCCAGCGGAGAGACAAUGGAGGAAUACAGCACCGAGGACGAGGAAGACCACACACACACACAGCCUGACAAAAACAACCAAUUGUCCUCAGUAGACGCGUCGAAGCUGACGUGGGGUCCGUACGUGUGGUUCCAGAUGUGGAGAGCAGCUACAAACACUGUGUCGGCGUGUGAUUAUGUGGGUGAGAGAAUCGCCUCGCUGUUCGGCCUCACGUCAGCCAAAUAUCAGUACGCCAUCAACGAGUACCACAGGAGCACCAAACAGAAGGAGAAUGAAGCUAGGGACUCUCCAGUCUCGGAGGAGGCCGAGUCGCAUUUUGAGGGGAAACAAAAAGAGGAGAUCCAGGAGCAGAACUUAGAUAAAUCUAAAGUUGAUGAACCUGAGAUCCUUGACGCUGAGACUCGUCCUGAACCCGAGGACCUCGACGCUGAGACUCGUCCUGAACCCGAGAUCCUCGACGCUGAGACUCGUCCUGAACCCGAGAAGCUCGACGCUGAGACUCGUCCUGAACCCGAGAAGCUCGACGCUGAGACUCGUCCUGAACCCGAGGACCUCGACGCUGAGACUCGUCCUGAACCCGAGGACCUCGACGCUGAGACUCGUCCUGAACCCGAGGACCUCGACGCUGAGACUUGUCCUGAACCUGAGAUCCUUGACGCUGAGACUCGUCCUGAACCCGAGAACCUCAACGCUGAGACUCGUCCUGAACCCGAGAAGCUCGAUGUUCCUGUUGCUGCACAGAGCGUUUAGCCACCUUCAGUUCCAGCACCGAGUUCUCCACACUGAGGUUCCUCCUGCAGCAGCUGCUACAGCACUAAACAAGUUUAAACACUUUCCUGUUUUCCUCGUCUUUACUAACGUCUUUGACUUUGCUUUAACCUCAUCGUGUACAAAUAUAAGCGUUUUAAUUGUUUUAUAACAAACAUAUUGCACUGAAAUACUGAUGUACUGAGUUACAGUUCUGUUAUUUAUUCAGUCAUCAAUGUUUAUUUUUAGAUAAAUUAUAAAACUUAUCAGAAAGCCUUAAUUUCAUGCACUAAGUUUUCUACUUGUAUUUAUUACAUAUUUAUUACUCAAGAUUUGUUUAUAAGCUGCUAAAAUGAUUAUAAUUCAGUAGAGUAUUUUUUCAUUUUUCUAUUUAACACUGAAAUAAAUGUUUAAUAUUGGGCAAAAUUUGAACUUUUUUAUUUGUUUUAUUUAAUAUCACAAGAGUGGCUGCAUUGCAGUGUGUGUUCUGUCACACUUUCAAAAUUAUUGGCACCCAAGUUAAAAAUGGGCUUAAAG